AUGGCACCUGUUAAUCUGUCAGAAGCAAUCAGCAAAAUGGCUGCCGAGAGAGCUGUUGCUAACUCUGGACCAAAUGCACCCAAACGGAAAACUGACGAUGAGCUCGUAGAUGAAGUUCUUUCUACUCCAUUGUUCAUGAGUCGUCUUUCCAAAGAUGAUGUCGUUGAAAAUGAAACUCUGGCUGCACUUCAAUCUCUCCAGUUUGAUGGCACUCCAAGAGAGGUGGCAGAAAACUUUAAGCAUCAAGGAAAUGCCGCAUUCAAGGAAGGUCCUCGCAAGUACAAGGACGCUGUUGCCUAUUACACAAAAGCAUUGGCUGCAAAUGCUCAGGAUAAAAAACUUGACUCAAUUUUGUAUUCCAACCGUGCUGCUGUCAAUCUUGAACAAGGGAAUUAUCGACAGGUGCUAAACGAUUGUGCUGCAGCAAUUCGAUUGGAUCCAAAAAACAUCAAGGCACUGUUUCGUUCUACAAAAGCACUUUUUGCAUUAGAUCGGGUCGAUGAGGGCAUUGAUUGUUGUGAGCUUGGAAUUAGCAUAGAUCCGCAAAACAAGUCUUUGCAUGCAGAGUUGUUGAAACUUAAAAAGAAAAAACAGGUUCUUGAUGACCUGGAUGCUAAACGAAAGCUUCGUGAGCAGCUCAAGCGUGACCAAGAAACACAGCUACAAAAUGCCAUUGCCAAACAAGGAUACAAGCUAGUCCAAAGUGUAUUGCCGGAUGCUGAUGAUGAUGAUGACAAGAAUGUAGCCAAAAGUGUUUUGUUGAAUCAUCCCCUUGCAGCAGACCAUAAAAUUAAAUUUGAUGCUACUACAUCUAGUCUCAAAUUUCCUGUCCUUUUUUUGUAUCCAGAACACAAGCAGUCCGACUUUAUUGCCGAGUUUGACGAAAAUGACACGUUUUACAUGCACAUGGAAACCAUGUUUUCAGAGGCUGCACCAUGGGAUCCGGAACAUGCAUAUCAUCCACAAGGUUUAGAUCUGCUAUUUGAAACGCCCGAAUCUGAAUCGCUCAACGGCAAAAAAUCACUUGUUUCGGUUCUUCGAAGUGUCACUGCGUCCAAUUCUCCUAGUCAGUCUGCAGCACACAAGUAUGUUUAUACUACUCUAAAGGAUGCACUUCAACAUCCAUCAUACAGAAUUGUUGAUGGCGUGUGUACAUUUAUUGUUGUUGUUCGCGAUAGCAAGUUUUCCAAAUCAUUCCGUGAUUAUUAUUGUGCAUGA